CCCCCUCCCUCUCUCCCGAAGAACUUUUAAGUCAAUUUACUCAGAACUUCUGCAGCACACACACAUCCCAACCAUAAUCUGAAAAGCAAAGGGCAUAAUGUAUUAAGGGGGCAAGCAAUAACUUCAAGACCCGCCUUCACCCUGAUACGUACAUCACGUGUAAAAUGUCACUUAUGAUUGUGUCAACUUCCGCUCUCACACACACACACACACAUACACACACGGAAUAACAAACUUUGCGUAAAAAAAACACAUCCAAAGUUCCUAAGAAUGGCGCACGAAUUAACUUUGGAGAUCACACUUCAGGAAAUCUCUUUGCAGGAGUGAACAUGAAUGUUUGUUACUACAGUGUAUCUAGCGGGGAUUUGUGUAUAUUUCUUUAAAUAUUUGUCCCUCUCAGAAAUGAUUGACACCGAUUUUUUGUUGUUGUUGUGAGCUUUGCUUGGGGGCGUAGGGUGGGAGAGUGUCGCUGGCAGCAGCUCACUCGUUAGGAAUGAUAAGCGAGGAGAGGGCGGAGCGGUGCAACCGAGACGGGGGGAGCUCCGGCGUGGCUGGCAAACGCCAUGUGCUAAAGUCGCCUCUCGCCAACUUUUCUUCACCAUCCUCCCCUCAAGGCUGGUUGCCGAAGCAAGAAAGAAAAGAAAAAGGCUGUUUGUGGAUGAGGUGGAGAGGGGAGAAAUCUGCACCACUGCUGGCUGUCAUACCAGAGAGAGAGGGAUCUCUAACCGCCUGCAAUAGCAGAGCCCAGCGAUGGACAACUCGAUAACUCUGUGGCAAUUCCUGCGGCAGCUCUUGGAUGAGAACAAGAACGAUCUCAUCUGCUGGACGUCCAAGGAUGGGGAGUUCAAGCUACGUAACGCGGAGGAGGUGGCGCGACUGUGGGGCAUGCGCAAGAACAAAACCAACAUGAACUACGACAAGCUGAGUCGAGCUCUUAGAUACUACUAUGAAAAGAACAUCAUCAAGAAAGUAAAUGGGCAGAAGUUUGUGUACAAGUUUGUGUCGUUGCCGGACAGCCUGGCGAUGGAGUCAGACAGGUACGAUGGCGGCGAGGGGGAGUGGGCGAUGGGCAAGGCCAGCGACAAGGGCCUGUCCUUGCAGCGGCAGCUGAAGGCCACCACCAGGAUCUCCUCGAGGAACGAGUACAUGCGCUCGGGACUCUACUCCACCUUCACCAUCCAGUCGCUGCAGAGUGGCAGCCAUCGGCCCAGGGAGGCCAAUGACCCCACCAACAACAUGGAGCAGGAGACCAAAGUCCAUUCGCUUGGGCGUCUUGCCGAGGAGCCCGAGAUGAAUGAGCAAGAGGAGGAACCUCAGACUCGGGCUGACGACGACUCUCCAAUGGAGACCUCUGGCGACCUUCCCCACCAGGGAGAUCCCAAAGUGAAGACGGAGGAGAUGGAAGAAUUGGACUGCAUCAUCGUGGAUUCCAUCCCAGUUGUUGACGAUUUAUCUCGGCCACCGAGCCCUAGUCUGGAGCAGGCGGAUAAGAGCGGCAACCUUCAGCCACCCAAACCCAAGAAGCCCAAGGACCUGGAGCUUCCAGCCACACUCCUCACGGCCCAGAAUAGUCCUCCUCCGGAUAAGACUAACCCUGGUCUUCUGAACACGGUGGUCUUCCCUGCCACAAGUGCGGUCACGCCGACUCUGAUCACUCAACAUGUUCAGACUCCGAUAAUGCUGACACCAAAUACCUUGCCGUCAGCCAUCCACUUCUGGAGCACUCUGAGUCCAAUAGCUCCAAUGAGCCCAGCGAAGCUCUCGUUUCAGUUUCCAUCAGCAGGGAACACCCAGAUCCACAUCCCCAUCGCCAGUAUGGAUGGACUAUCCACGCCCGUCCUCUCGUCGCCCGCCCUCCAGAAACCUUGAGUGGGUUUGGCUGAAUUUGAAGUUGAUGGAGCAGCCAUCACACCUGAUAUCCUCUCGUCAAGACCUGGAUCCGGAGGUUGACGCGGUGACAGUGUGGACGGAAGAGACGGGAUCGGAUCCUUUACACAAACAUCUUCAGUUUGAGGACUGACGUGGAGGGUAGUCUCCCAUUCAUCGUCAAGGAGGGUUGUUGGAGCUCUGCGGUGGAGUGAGAAGGAAGGAUCUCCUCAACCUGAACUUCUGCGGAUUGAACGAUGCGCCUGAACCCUUGCUGGUUCAGCCCAAGUUAAUUAAGGGGGAGGAGGGAGGGGAGUGGCCAACAUAUUGACACUGCCAAUUAAAUGCACAGAUAGGGCCGAUUAGAGUACGCAGUGUGGCUGUGACGCUUCACUGACAACUGAGGCUCAGCUGCAGUAAUCCUACGCUGAGGUGGAAGGUUGUGGGUUCAAGUACGGGUCCUGCCCCAGUGAUCAGAGGAUGUAUAACACCCUCUGUUAGUGCAAGGCAGCGCCAUGCUGUUGGAAGUGCCGGCCUCAAGGUUACUUGUUAACUUGAGCACCGCUUGCUCGCCAAAGUGGAAGUGGGACAGACAGUCCUUCCUGUAGAAGCAAAGAACUGCAGAUGCUGGUUUAUACCAAAGAUAGACACAAAGUGCUGGAGUAACGUUUAGGCUUCAGAGAAACAAUGCGGAAACAGGCCCUUUGGCCCGCUAAGUCCACGCCGGCCAGCGAUCACCUCAUACACUAGUGCUGUCUUGCACACUCGGGACAAUUCACAAUUUUACUAAAACCAAUUAAUCUACAAACCUGCGCGUCUUUGGAUUAUGGGAGGAGACCGGUGCACCUGGAGGAAACCCACGUAGUCACAUGGAGAACGUGCAACGUCUGUACAGACAGCACCCGUGGUCAGGGUCAAGCCUGGGUGUUUGGCGCUGUAAGGCAGCAACUCUACCGCAGCGCCACCGUGCCGGCCCCAGAGGCUCUCGAUCUGUUUCCUGUACUUUGUCCCAUCAUUAUUGUAGAUCCAGUAUCAAAGAUAGACACAAAGCGCUGGAGUAACUCAGCACCUCAGGCAGCAUCUCUGGAGCAGAAGGAUGGGUGACAUUUCGGGUUGGGACCCUUCUUCAGACCCUUCCUUCCUGUUACCCUGAGCCAGGUCUUUGUCCCAUUAGCUAUAUUAUCUGGGAUCAUCACUUUGCUGUGUAUGGGAGCAUGGUUUGCACAAAUUGGCCCCUGCAUUUCAUUACAUGAGGGACAAUAGUUCAAAGAGGGCUUCUUGGGAUGUUACGGACUCUGGGAUAUCCUGGACGGGAUGCUAUAGAGAUGCAGAUCAUCCUGUCGGUACCAGGUUACAAUGGUUUAAGCUGUGAACUGGUAAACACAUGCAGCCUAUACACUGGAGCAGGUAUCUUGAGGAGAAUUCGAAUCAUUCAUUGUCUAUGCCAUACAAGGAGGCUCUUCAGCCCAUUGUUUAGUUUAGGGAUACAGCGCGGAAACAGGCCCUUCGGCCCACGAGUCUGCGCCGACCAGCGAUCCCCGCACAUUAACACUAUCCUACACACACUAGGGACAGUUUACAUUUAUAACCAAGCCGAUUAACCUACAAACCUGUAUGUCUUUGGAGUAUACGAGAAAACCGGAGCUCCCGGAGAAAACCCACGCAGGUCACAGAGAGAACGUACAAACUCCGUACAGACAGCACCCAUAGUCAGGAUUGAACCCGGGUCUGUGGCGCUGUAAGGCAGCAACUCCACCAUUAUGCCACUGUGCCGCCCACACUGGGAUAUUGUUCAGAGAACCACAUGGUAGUUAGUGAUUUUAAAGGUGAGUAAUUAAAUAAAUCGUUAGUAACGAAAGUGCUGGAAUGUUUUAAAUUCCUGUCAUAGCUCACUGCUGUCCUUCAUAUAUGGGUCUUCCCAGUCUUUAUUUCCCUUCAUGACUAUCUUAAAUUUGUAUUUUAUCCAACUUAUACCUCACACUCUGACUCUGAGGUCUACAGAAGUAUUUGGAAUCUAUAUAUAUUAGAAUAUGUGGGUUCAUUCUGGUCGGAGCAACUCAGUCGGGCAGGCAGUAUCUCUGGAGAACACGGAGAGGCGACGUUCUGGGUUGGGACCCUUCUUCAGGCGGAGUCUUGUUGAAGGUCUGAAAACAGGUCCAGACCCAAAACGUCAACUAUCUAUGUUCUCCAGUGAUGCUGCCUGGCCCACUGAGUUACUCCUACACUUUGUGCCUUUUGUUUUUGUAAACCAGCAUCUGUAGGUCCUUGUAUCUCAUAUAUUGGACUCGCAGAUGGCCCUUAACAAUCAGGGAUGGAUAAUAAAUGAUGACGAAAAAAUGUUCCAUUGCAACAAAACAAAAAUGACAUUGUUUGCAAAAGAACUUCUCAAAGCAAGAACCAGUGAGCAAAAUACUUUGAGACAAUAAACAAAGUGCUGGAGUUACUCAGUGGGUCAGGCAGCGUCUGUGGAGGGAAAUGGAUGGACGACGUUAGGGGUCAUAGAAACAUAGAAAAUAGGUGCAGGAGUAGGCCAUUCGGCCCUUCGAGCCUGCACCGCCAUUCAAUAUGAUCAUGGCUGAUCAUCCAACUCAGUAUCCUGUAUCUGCCUUCUGUCCAUACCCCCUGAUCCCUUUAGCCACAAGGGCCACAUCUAACUCCCUCUUAAAUAUAGCCAAUGAACUGGCCUCAACUACCUUCUGUGGCAGGGAAUUCCAGAGAUUCACCACUCAGGCCCCUUCUUCGGACAACACGAGCAGACUGAUGAUCUGAUGGUUGGAACAGUCUCCCCCUGUAUCUUAUCGUGACUUUGGCAGCAAGCAUAAGUGACGUGUGUGGAAGAAGUGUCUAUUUAUACAGCGGUGGUUUACCAACGGUGAACAGCAGCAGUGACGUACCACACCACAGGGUUGGCAGCUGUGGGGCCUGUGGUUUUAUAUGUCAACAGCCAACAUUAUAACAACACGAACAAAAGUCAAGGAUGGUAAAAGUAUAUCAGCCCAUCGAGCCUCUUCCAUUACCGACUGAAGUUGGGGGCAUCACAGCGGUGCAGCUGGUAGUGCUGCUGCCUCACUGCGCCAGAGUUUGGGUUCGGGCUCGGCCUGGAUGGAAUCUGCAUGUUCUCCCAGCGACCACAUUGGUUUCCUUCGGGUUCUCCAGUUUCCUCCCACAUCCCAAAGACGUGUGAGUUUGGAGGUUUACAAAAAUGCUGGAGAAACUCAGCAGGUGCAGCAGCAUCUAAGGAGCGAAGGAAAUAGGUAAUGUUUCGGGCCGAAACCCUUUUUCAGACCCUGAGUUUGGAGGUUAAUUGGCCUCUGUAAAAUUGCCCCUAGUUUGUAGAGAGUGGAUGUGAAAGUGGGAUAACACAGAACUAGUGAGAAUGGGCGAUCGAUGGUCGGAGUGGACUUGGUGGUUGACAUGGUUUAUCUCUAAACUAAACUAAACCUUGCUUGGUAUCCACUGGUACAUUGGAUACUCUUUAAAAUGUUUGACUCAAUUAUUUCACUUGAUUAAAAAAAGGCACAAAAUGCUGGAGUAACAGUGGAUCAGGCAGUGUGUCUGGAGAACAUGGUGGGUGGUGUUUCGGGUCGGGACCCUUCUUCAGACUGAACCACACCCUAACCACUAGACAACAUACGGAUGAUACCCGCGUGAUAUUUCUGACGUGCUUUAUUCAUCUGCCAUUUUACCUUAAGGCAUCAACCUUUGAUGACAUCAUUGUUUGCUCCUGGGAUAGU